GAUGGCGUCGUUGCCGUCUCCAACACAGGUGGCUGGUAAUCAUAACUCAGUUUACGAGGCAUACUUCAGUCAGGUUGAACACUCCAGUGAUGGAACCAUAGGAGCCUUACAAGCUGCAAAAUUCUUGAAAAAGUCUGGUUUAUCAGAUGUUGUUUUAAGCAGAGUCUGGAGUCUUGCUGAUCCAGCUGGAAAAGGAUUUCUCAACAAAGAUGGUUUCUUUGUUGCACUGAAACUUGUUGCAUUGGCUCAAUCUGGAAUUGACGUAAAUAUGGUGAACAUUACGAUGGAUACACCACCACCAAAAAUGGGGGAUAUUCUACCUGCAAGUACAAUUCACAAUAACCUUAUGUCACCACCGGUCAUGAACAGCUCUGUAUCACUUAGUGACUGGGCAGUAAAACCAGCGGAGAAGGCAAAAUAUGAUAAAUUAUUUGAUUCAUUACAACCUCUAAAUGGUAUGAUCCCUGGAAAUAAGGUUAAAGGUGUGUUAAUGGAUUCAAAGUUGCCACUGGAAACACUGGGAAAAAUAUGGGAUCUUGCAGAUAUGGAUAAAGAUGGAAUGCUGGACAGGCACGAGUUUAUGGUGGCAAUGCAUUUAGUAUACAAGGCAUUAGAAAAGUAUACAAUUCCAAGCUCCUUACCACCAGAACUAAUGCCACCAUCGAAACGGAAAGAUAUGAUGCCAGCUGUCAGUAUGUCUAAUGUGCCUAAUCUUGGAACAGGAGGAGAUUCGAAGAGUAUUCUUCCAGGGGCUCCUUCAGUGCCUUGGGUUGUCACUGUAGAAGAGAAAACUAAAUAUGAUACCUUGUUCGAGCAAACAGAUAUUGACAAGGAUGGUUUUGUGUCCGGGUUGGAAAUAAAAGACGUCUUCCUACAGUCGGGUGUACCUCAGCCUGUUCUGGCGCAUAUUUGGUCACUUUGUGAUAUAAAGCAGUGUGGCAAGUUGAACAGUGAACAGUUUGCUUUGGCCAUGUGGCUGAUCAAUCAGAAACUACAAGGUAUAAGCCCACCAGCAACUCUCACUCCAGAAAUGAUACCACCAUGUUUUCGGACAAAACAGCCUGUUGACGGAUUAGUAGAGAACAAUAAUGCGCCUUAUUCAAAUCCUGAACUUGACAUGAUAACCAAAGAUAUAGAGGAACUCGCCAAAGAAAAACAUAUCCUCGAGACUGAUAUAGCACAAAAGGAAGCAGAUAUUAAAAUUAAAAAUGGUGAAAUUAAAAGUCUUCAGAGUGAGCUGGAUACUUUAGCUGCCACAUUAAAACAGUUGGAAAACCAGAAAGGUGAAGCACAAAAGAGGCUUAAUGAUUUAAAGAGCCAGAAAACAUCUGUAGAGAAAGAACUUAAUGACAUCAAGCAGGCAUUGGAAGAAGAGCAAGCCCAGGUUGAUAACUUGAGACGUCAAGCAGAUGAGCAAGAAAUGAGCCUCAAAGCUCAAGAAGAAGAACUGAAUUCAAAGAAGCAGGAACUGGAAGGUCUCAAACAGGAAGAAGCAAGAUUAGAGCAGCAACAAAAGGAUUCUAGGAAUCAGCUUGACAAUCUGACAAAAAAUUUGCAAGAUACACAACUACAAAUUAGCCAGGUAAAAGCAAAGAUUACUAAUCUCCAAGAGCAGCAUCGACAAAUGAAUGAUGCAAUUGCGAUGUAUGAUACAGCUAUAACAGCAGGAGAUACUUCUACUGUUGUGGACACUUCACUGAAUAUUAAACCUGAAUUCAGAGAUCCUGAGUACUUAAGAAUUUGUGGUGGAAAUGACAACAGUCCUGUUGAACAGAAUAAGGCAUUAACAAAUAACAAUGAUCCUUUUGGUGGGAUGAAUGAACACUCUGAAAAUAUUGGAGGAUUUGAUGGAGAAGAUCUUUUCAGCAAUGAUCCAUUCAAGAGCACAAAGCCAGUUCCUGCAGUUGAUCCUUUCAGCUCAAGUGAUCCAUUUAGUUCUGCCUUCCCUUCAAAACCAGCAGAUACAUCAGUAACAGAUCCAUUUACCUCCUUUGGAACGCCAGCUACAAGUGCCAAGAAUGAUCCAUUUGAUCCAUUCGGGGAUGGGACAAACCGAAAUUCAAGCAAGUCGCCAGUGGAUAUGUCGGGCAAGGAUCCAUUUGGUUGCGAUCCAUUUGCACUGCAGCCGUCUCCGAGUGGGCCACCACCUCGCCCUGAAAGCCCGAGUCCUGCUCUUCCUCCAAAGAAGAGUAAACAGCCUCCUCCUCGGCCAGCACCGCCACGGCCACUGCAGCAGCCAGGUGGCCGCGCAGCACCUGUUCCCCCCACACCUAGCCCUGACCCUGGUCGUGACCCUUUCUCUUCACCUGACCCAUUUGCUGUACCAAACUCAUCUUCUGGAUCAUUUGCAAAUUUUGCAGACUUUGAUGCUAAGUUUCUUGGUGCAGCAGAAGGUACACCAGUUCAUUCCGUUAAGGGUGUGGGGAAGGUGUCAAAGAAGGAGUCCAGUACAACCAAAGAUUCUACAUCAUCAUCAUCGUCACAGAACCGUUAUGCUGCUUUGGAAUUCACGGAAGAUCCGUUCAGGAAUUACAGAUAUGAAGAUCCCUUCAAUAUUUCAGACCCAUUUGAAGACAGUACACCAAAUGGAAUGCCUUCAGUAUCAGAGAAAAAGCUCGAUCCUUUUGGACUAGAAGCAGAUGCAUUAUUUGUGAAAGAUGCAGGUAGCACAUUGAGUACUGUGAAUGGCAGUAACUGUGCAGUAGAUAAUAUUCACGGGCCAAAGCUUGCAAGUGUUCCUCCUGAGGACCAGCAGUUGGCUUGGGCAGCUGCAGAAAGUCUGAAGUUGGAGAAUGAACGCCGAAAGAGAAUAGAGCAAGAGCAAGCUGAUUUGGAAUAUGCUCUUGCACUUAGUCGAGGAGACAAAGCAAAACCAAAAAAAGUGCUGUGAGAUGAUGUGAAAAUUUUUAUCAGGUGUUAGAACAUUAAAUCUGUUGGUAGUGUUGGAUGUAGAAUAAGAGAAUUGUACAAUACAUUUGCAUGGUUACAUAUGAUUCCUUAUGCUUGUGUUGAUUUCUGUGCUUUUGGAUAUAUCUUAUUACAAAUAAUAUGUGUAAUCGACUGGCAUACUAUUUCUCGACGAGUGCAUGUGUGUAUUGUGCCUUCUUCCUGAUCAUGUAAUUUAUUGUCAAUUUACUGUAUGUAUGGUAUUAUGGAAACAUGGACAGUACUAUUAAAGUGAUAAUAUUGAAACAGUUACUUGCAAGUGUGAUUAGUUGCAAUUAAAUGCUCUUUAAGUUUUGUUAUAAUGAAAGGAUGUGCACUAUAUUUUUUUAUUUGAAGUUGCAUACCGUAACAUAUUGUUUAAUGAAGCACUGUCUGAAUACUGUGUAUUGUUGUAAGACUUUAGCUGUGUAUAUAUAUAAAUAAUGUGAAGUGCCAUUGAGGGAAACACUUUAUGUUGUUCUGUUAGACUGUCGUUAUCAUAUACCUUUUUGUACUCUCAAUGUUGUAUUGAGUGCUUCAUUUAUAAGCAUUAGGUACUUGGUUACGUGAGAUGUGCAGUAUUUAAAAAGUUCUGGUGUUAUUUGAGAUGCACUUAAUGAAUAGGUCUUCUUUAAAAAGAAAAAGUAGGUAAGUGUUAAUCCUGUAUAUAUUGAAACUGUACACUUAAUUCAAGUCAUGUAUAUAAAUAUUAUAACAGGUUGAGUCUGUAUUAGAUUGUGCAUAUCUAUAUUAUGACAUAGUCUGUGAGUGGUGUUGAGCUGACUGAGGUGAUUUUUUUAUCCCAAUAGCAAGAAUGAUGAAACCAUGAGGAGGUGCAUGAAUAUUGUUUUCUCUCUGUGAUACGUUUUUCAUUAAAAUUAGUUGCUUUCUUAAAAUUCAAAGUUAUGUUAAAGAAUUUGUACAAACAUGGUUUGAAAGUAAAAUGUAACAUAAAUUGUUGGUUGAUUGUGUGUUAAUGAAAACACAACUACAUUUGGAUGUAGUAACAUAAAUGUUUGUAAAGAAUGAAUGGUAGCUGCAGCAAAAAAAAAGUAUUAUAUAGCUGCAGUGUAAUAUGUGAUAUUAUGCAUAGAUUGUAAGACAUAUGAAACAUAUUUCAUUGUUACUGCAAAGCAACCAGGUAGAAAGUUGAUUUGUUACUUGUUUUUAGUUUGAGAAUUGAGAAGUAGGCUGGAUUUGAGUGUGAAAUGCUGUACAUGUCAUUUUGUGUAUAAUGCAAGCCUACUUUCUUGUUAAUUAUGUUGUUCAAGCUUGUAAAAUAUUGUGGGCAACAGUAAAAUGUCUCACCUAAAUACAGCUACGAUGAGCCUCCAUAUAACUAAACUUGUUACUGAAUUGUAAAAUAUACUUGUAAGUACAAAUACUGCUUAUUUAAGUAACUUUACUAAAGUACAGAAUUUAAUUAUUAAAAUAAUUAUUUGCUUUACCUUGAAUUCACAAACAUUAGUUAUUACUACAUGGUGCAUUCUCUCUCUCUCUCUCUCUCUCUGUCUGUCUGUCUGUCUCGCACACACACACACACACACACACACACACACACACACACACACACACACACAUACUGGUAAGUGUUCUUAAAAAGGCAUAGAUAAAAUUGUUAGUAUAUCUACAAUUUUUUAAAACAAUUCAUGCAUUGUAUUUGACCUGCUUCCCCUCCCUGCCUGCUGAAUGCCACUGUAGAUUAGUCUUGAGAAAGAUACCACAACAGACAAAUAGUUAUUCUGUCAUGGAAAUUCACAGAUGUUAAGUACACACAAAAUAAAUACUAGUUUAAACAGCGACUUGCAUGUCAUUGCUGCAGUGCUUGUCUUACAGCAGUGCUGUUUAAUUGUAAACACAUUUUUUUUUUAAAAAAAAAAGGGGGGGGGGGUGUCAUUUGCGGAGAUAUUUUUCUAGCAUAAAUGUUUUUGCUGAACUGAGUAAGUGUGUAAUUCACCAUCUCCUUCUUUUCAUCCAUCGUUUACACAAGGUUAAAUACAUAUGAAAUGUGUUGCAUUUUGACAUCCAGCCUUGAAUGCAGAUGUCUGCUUGACAGUUGUUAACCCUUUGUGUCUUCCUUUCCUUCCUUCCUUCCUACCUUCCUUCCUUCCUACCUUCCUUCCUUCCUUCCUUCCUUCCAUGUCUUUUAUUUCAUUCAGGUGAUUAACUAAAUCUUUUAUAGUGAGGUGUUCUCAAGAGAAAGAACAUGAUAAGUUAAAUCCAAUCACUAGUACACAAAAUUCUCUUUCCCUCCCCCUACUGCCCCCCCCCCCCCCGGCCCUCAGAAUACACGUGUGGAUGAACCACUGUUGCAAAUUAUAAGAUUACAUUUAAAGUUAUGGUAAGAAUAAUUGUUGCAAUGUCCAUUGGUUAUCAGAAUACCACAAAGUAAUUCCAAAUUGUUUGACAUCUUUAUACUGAACAACUACAUGUUUCUGUUAUUGGUACUAGUACUCACUCAGUGGAUUGUUCUUGUUUCUUACCAGAUUUAUUCAGUCAUCAUAUUUCUAUAUACUGCUUGAUAAACAGCCCUGUGGCAUGCUACAUAUGAGAGUGCCAGUUCUAUACGUACUUAAGACUCUGUGACUUUACUGCAUUGUGUAUGAAGUUUGUUCGUGUGAGAGAAUUUCUGGUGAAAUGGAAAGCGUACUAUUAUUUAAUGUCUUCCAGGAGCCAUUUUUUUCUCUUAUAAUAUACAAACAAAAGUCUGUAAUCACAGUACUACUGAGGUAAUAAUGCUGUACCCACAUUUCCACCGUAUCAGAAGUGCGAUGAAAAUGUGCAAUGAACAUCAUUUCCAUCCUGUUGAGUUGUGUGUUGGGAUUGAUACAGAUUUAUAUAAAAUUUUAUUUUCUGCUAAAAUGGUUUUUAAUUCAGCUUUGCUUUUAUUAGUAUGUGCUAAAAGAUUUCGUCCCCUGUACAUUAAAAAAUUCAUUUAGUUGGAGAUGAGAUCUUGCUUUGUUUAAAUAUAACAUUUGCACAAAGGAAAGUAAAAUCAAAUAUUACAAUAGCAGCCCUUUUUAAACCUUUAGCCAUGGUUUGUGCUGCACUAUUGUAGUUUUUCUACAUAUUCAAAUUAUCUAGAAUUUACCAGGAGAUGAGUCUAUUUUUUGUGUUUUGGGACUACAGUUUUAUGAUUCAACAUCUGCGUGUCUCAUUUUUAAAACUGAACAUAGGCUGUGUCAGUUUAGUUUGUCACACACUGAUGCCAGAUGAUUUAGAGCAUAAAUGUCCCAAUAAGUAAAUUAGUUGGUUCUUGUUUGGUAACCUUAACUAAUCCUGUUGUAAUCUCACUUUGGUGAUGCAAUGCUCUGUUUUUAUAAACCUCAUCUGAGUAAGAUGAAUGUAAAAUUUGCAGUUUGCUUGGUUUUUCUGAGACUUAAAUGACAUGGUGACAGUUAUUUAUAUUUCUAAAUGAGAUGGCCCACACUAAUGAACAUUCAAAUUUGUGCAUUCAUGUCUAUCUCAUUAAGUUGUCUCUGAUGCCAUCACUUACAUUAACUGGAAUGCUUUCAGUCAAAAGCAACAAAUGCUUCUUUCAUGUGUUUAUAGUAUGUGCUGUUUUCAUGAGGUUACCAGUUCUUUAAUUUUUGUAGUUUCAGGAGCAGCAACUAAAGUUUAUAAGUAUGUUGAUCCCUUGCCAAAUAUUGUUGCAAUAUAAUGAAUAACAAAAUUUAUUUACCAUAAUAUUCAUGGAAAGUAAAAGUGAGGUUUGUUCUUGGGUCUGUAGUAAUAAGGUGUGAUCACUGUGCCUGGAACUUCUGUGUGUGUGGGUGGUACUGGUUUCUUGUGAGAAUGAAGUUUCUUAAAUUUGGUGGAAUUUGUUGAGAAAGUAAAGUGUUGGAAGGUUGGGGAGAAGUAACAGUGGUACUUGAAAUUGCAAGUUUUUUGUUUAUAGAAGAGACAAGGUGUUUGAUCAUACUCUCUAUUAAAAAAAGUCUGGCUCUACUUGUAUAAUCAGCAAAGUAUAAUGAGUAAAGUAAUUCAUAUUCAGUGGAAUGUAGUGUUUCUUAUAAAUCUUAUGUUGUAUGUUUCUCUUUUCCGAUUAAAAAGUCUCUGCCAUGUGUUACGUGAGAUCCAGAUUUAAAAAAAAAAAAUGUUUUAUAUGCAGUAUGUUUCCAGACUACAGCAGUCCGUAAAGUAAAUUCAUUUGUUGUGUGGAAUGUAUCACAUGUAGGCUUUAUUAAUGUUCUGGGUAGGUCACAGAGGAUUCUUGCAGCCAUUAGCAAGUAGAUUCAACCACAUUUGGUGUAAAUAAUGCACAUAAUUAAAUCUUCACAUACUAUGUAUAGUAUAGUAAUGGUGAUGUAAUAUUACUUCAGAAUCUGAUACAAAGUAUGUAACAUAACAAAACAUAUUGUUUGAAAUACGUUGUUAAAUCUUGAAUAUAAAAUUCUCUGCAGCCACAUAGUGAAAAGAUCAGAGAAUUCUCAUGAAAAUCAUUGUUUCUUAUGCACUUUGUACUAUUUUCAUUUCUACUUUUGAACAUAGACGUGGUGUUAUCUUUCCAAAGUGUGUGAUGCUAAGAAUACAAAUGGAAAAAAGUUUUGAUACUCCGCCCAAAAUUUCAUGAAUAUUUAAAUUUUUGAAUUACAUAUGACACAGCAGAUAUAACUUGAGACAUAGAAUUUACUCUCGUGACAGUAUAGUACACUUAUUAACUCGUUUCACUCAUUCUUGUCUUUGGUGUACGAAAUGAUGAUUUUGCAGUGACAACAAGUGAAGUGUGUUUUGCAAGUCAGUAAAGUAACAAUUGUAAAACAAGUCACAUAAUUAACAUUAAGUAAUUUGGUGAUGAUGUCAUGUAUACUGAAGUAGUAUCACUAUAAAGUGGAGACACUUCAAAGAAAUAAAGUGUGAAAAGCCUAAACUGGGUUUUGCAAUAAUUAGGAAGUAGGUUUAUAUUCCAUUUUGAACAACACUGUACCCAUGCAUUAUCUAUCCAUAUAUGUGUAUGUAUAAAUUUGGAGUUCCUACAGUGUUGCUUGCCCAGUAAAAUGUAGUCAGAAUGUAAAUACCUGUAAAUUAUCGAAUUAUUCAUUAUAAUCCAAAUAUACCUGGUUGAUCUAGUGCCUAACUGCAACUGCUUAUACCAUAUAAUGUUUUAUUAAGUACAUGACCUCAAAAAAUAGCCAUCUGUGACAAUGAAAAAGUUUAAUUAUACUUUUUUUAACUAAUCCGUUUGUCUCACACUGUGGAAAUUAAUAUUCUGUAUGUCUUACUCAGUUUUUCUACUAUAAUUUCUACUAUAAUAUUUUAACCUCUCCCCCCCCCCCCCCCCCCCCGGGUCUCUCUCUCUCUCUCUCUCUCUCUCUCUCUCUCUCUCUCUCUCUCUCUCUCUCUCUCUCUCUAUCCUCUCCCCUCCCUCCCUCCCCCCCCCCCCCUCAUGCGUGUAUUGUGGGAGAUGAUUCAUGGAGCAGGGACUCAGUUUUGUUCUUUAAUUAAUAAUAGUAUAUAGACACCCAUAAAUAAUAUUCUCCUGAAGGUGUUCUCAAAAUGUAGAAAGACUGUGACAUUCUGUCAAUAUUGUUUGUAUUUUUUCUUCACUUUUUCAAAAAUACGUUUUAUACUCACAUAUAAAUGUUAGGUACUAUGUGUGCACUUUAACUUUGCUAAUUUAAGAGGAUUGGGGGGGGGGGGGGG